GUGCAGCUGCAGUGGCAGUGAAGGUGGAGAACCUCCUUCUUCCCACUACCUCCUCUGGAAACUGCUCAACAGCCCACUGGGGGCAACCCAGGCUGAUACAGAAUGUGAGAGCCCUCCUGAGCACAUCAGUUAACGCCAGAUGCAACUGCUGUGAGGAAGUAAAAGAAACAUUUUCUGAAACUGGGAAGCUUUUUUAGAGGAAGAUGGAGAACCCACUUCUUUUAUUCCCCCAGCUAAACAUUUCUGCCUCAAAGGAUAAAUCCUAUUACAAAGUCAUGAAAUCAACAAUUAAAGAAGAGCCACAUAAAGCAAGCAAGCCUGGAGCUAAGCAGAAGAGAAAUAGGCUAAGCCUUCUCCUGCAGAAAUCUGAAUUCCAUGAAGGUGAUCAUCUUGGUAAACCUGGAAACUUGACAAAAGCAGCAAGUAGUGUGUCUCCUGAAGAAGCAGUGAAAUGGGGAGAAUCUUUUGAUAAACUGCUUUCUGAGAAAGCUGGAUUGGAUGCCUUUACGAAGUUUCUGAAAACUGAGUUCAGUGAGGAGAACAUUGAGUUCUGGAUAGCUUGCGAGGAUUACAAGAAAAGCAAAACUGCACAUGAACUUUUGCCAAAAGCUAAGACCAUUUAUGAAACAUUCAUACAGAAAGACGCUCCAAAAGAGGUGAAUUUGGACUUUCAAACCAAAGAAGCCACAAGUCAGAAUAUUGAACAGCCCAUCAUCACCACCUUUGAUGCCGCACAAAACACAGUCUACAGGCUGAUGGAGCAAGACAGCUACCCACGCUUCCUAAGAUCGGAUCCUUAUUUAAAUUUGGUUAAGGGGAGAAAUCCCAGUCAUCCUACCCUUAGGAGACGAUCAAGGUCUUUUACUGUCAAUGAUUUCCAGGGUGUACGACCAGACUUUACUGUUUGGUAACAGGGAAACUCAGCCCUCAUAAAUUCUGGCUACUGCAACAACUCAUAUGUGUCUUAAAAUCCAAAUCCUUAGCAGGUGUAAAGGCGUGGAAAGCAAAGUUAUAUGCACCUAAACCAGUUCAGAGUUCUGUAGCCGCUGACUAAUCUCAUUUAUUGUAGAGAAGUAGGCAACAUAUUGGCAAGACAUAUAAUGUAAAGUUUUCAUACAGUAUUUUUUUUAAACUCAAGCAAGAACUGUAAUCAUUUUUGGAGGAAAAAAUCUGAGUUUCCUGCAUAAAAAUGUUGUAUAAAACGCCAUUUGAUAAUAUCCACUAUGUAUCCUGGGCCUGUAUCAUUUAGCACAGGGUUUCAUCACAGUUAGAAUCUAUAUACCUGGCCUUUGCACAUAUUUAUGUUUCUGCAGUAUUUUCUACACUAAGCACUGGUGGUAUUUUCUCAUACUGCAAAACGCAUGGGAACGUUAUUAGGUAUUAUGUAAAGUUGCAUAGAUUUUAACUGCAGCCACUGCAUAAUUAAAAUUUAGCUAUUGCAUAUUUUAAGAGGAAUAUAAGAAUACCUAUUUAAUUUUGGGGGGUACAUUUUGUACUGUUUUCUUAUUACAUGUGUCUGUUCUUUGUAUUUAAGUUAUGCUGUAUAAAUUAACUUUGCCAUCACAUACUAAUUUUUUGCAACCAAAUAAGCAGCAACAAAGGGCCAAGAAUGCUAUUUUAACACAAUCUGUGUCAUUAAAUAUCAGGUCAUGUGUAUGUGUAUAUAUAUAUAUAAAAAUACAUAUUUUUACUUUUAUUUGUAAAUAUUCAUGGUAUACCAACUUUGAUACUCAACUGUGUUCUGGAUUUUUUUCUGCCUUUCAUUUUGAAAAAGGAUCUGAAAAUUAACAGCUCUUGGACUCAGGUAGAAUAACCUUCAGUUCUACUGGUCGUUAAUAUACUCUGUGGUUAUAGAGGAGGAAUGAGAAAUCUCCCCUUUUAUUUCUUUACUAUUAAAGUCACGCGUAUCCUUUUCAUAGUCAGUAUACACAA